AUGGAGCCAGCUGCAUCCGCCUCUGCAUACCUGAGCCAGGAUUUGGUUAACCAAAUCCUGUCCAAGCUGCCCGCGCAACCCUUGAUCCGUCUGAGUGUGGUCUGCAGAUCAUGGCGGUCCAUCAUCUUCUCUCCCGAAUUCCUUUCCUUGCACCUCCGCCAUAACCGCCACAAGGCCUCCCAAAUCGUGCUAUGCGACGAAAGUUAUACCAAGAAGAAGCGCGGCAAGUUGCAACUCUACGAGCGCUACUGGUUGCUGGAUGACGAUCAGCAUCACAGUUUGCGGCCGCUGAAUUGCCCCUUCAAGUACCCCCCAAACUUAACCUCUCACAAAAUUGUCAGCACCAUCAACGGCUUGAUAUGCAUAACCGGAUGGGGAGAAUUCUCUGGGAAUUCUUUACUUUCCCUACCCAUCAUACUAUGGAACCCCAGCGUGCGGAGGCAUGUCGUCCUACCAGAUUUUCCGCCCCUCGAAGAAGGAAAACAAGCAGCCGACUACACGUCGGUUGAAUUUGGAUACGAGGCCACCACCGACGACUACAAAGUUGUGGCCAUGAGAAGUGGUAGUGACAUACGAGGACAUUUGGCUGCCCAUGUUUACUCCUUGAAUUCAAAUACAUGGCGGAGGGUGGACGUGGGCCCUUCUAUGCGCACAGGAGGAGGAAACAGGAGACUAUAUUGCACAGGUGCUUUCGUUAGAGGCAAGAUCCAUUGGCUUGUCACACGUGACUAUGAGAUGAAGGUAGGUCAUUCCUUUUGGUGCCUUUAUUCCUUCGAUGUGAAGGAAGAAGUUUUUGAAAAGAUGGCGUUGCCACCAGAGGACCCGACCCGCAAUAAGCAUACUUAUUUUCCACAUGUUACUGUGGUGGACGACUCGUUGUGCGUGAUUGAUUCUCCGACUUUGCCUUCUACCAUUUGGAUGCUCAAGAAAGAGGGAUCUGCAACGUCUUAUUCUUGGACCAAAUUGUACAGCCUCGACCCCAUUGCCGAAAAUAUGACCGCUAAAUUGGUUGUCUAUUUGAAGAAUGGUGAGUUCCUCUUGGACACCUACUGCAUCGACGACAUGGUCGGCAUGGAUUUGGUUUGCAUCUUUCAGGUGUAUGAGCCUGGAACGAGACGGUGUACCGUUCUUCACACGCGCUCCAACCAAAACGAUCAUGUGGCUCUCGCGUUGGUCAAUCACCACGAAAGUCUCGUUCUGCUCGACCGCCGCAUCAGAGCAGUGAGUGCGGAGGAUCCAAGGACGAGUAGGGAAAGAGUCCAGAUACAGCGAAGCUGUUGGUCUUCUGAAGUUCUAAUCACAAAAGACACAACUAAACUGGAAAAAUGA